AUGGCGCGUGAUAUGUCGAACAAUGGCCUCGCCUUGUUGAGCGUCAGUAUCGUGAUGUCGGUGCUUCAGGUCAUUUUUGUUGCGUUGAUGUUCUACACGAGGCGUUUACAGCGGGAGAAAUUCGGGUGGGAUGCUUGGAUUAUGCUUAUUGCUUUAUUUGGGAGCCUUGCAAAGGCUGGCAUUUACAUCGCGAUGGUCGAAAUCGGUGGACUUGGCCAUCACUUCGCUGAUAUGAAGCACCCAGGGCAAAGCUUCAUCUUUAUUAAAAAGGGCUAUUGGGCCGUCGAACUCUUCGACUUUCCCCUCACGAUAACCCCCGCCAAAAUCUCCCUACUCUUGUUCUAUGUGCGCAUCUUCUACACGCGCAAAUUUAAAUUCUUCGCCUUCGGAGUUGGCUCUCUGGUCAUGAGCCUAGGCAUCGCAAUGUUCUUUCAGACGAUUUUUCAGUGCUCACCUGUCGACUAUGGCUGGGACAAGACUGAUAAAACGGGGUCAUGCAUUGAUCAAAUGUUCGUUUAUCGCAUCAUCUCACCAAUCAACGCCUUUACGGGGGUUUUGUUGCUCAUCAUGCCAUUGCCGCUUGUUUGGAGACUUCAUGCGCCCAAAGGGCAGAAGCUGGCAUUGACUGCUGUCUUUAUGAUUGGUGGACUGGGAACUGUUGCGAGUAUUCUGCGAGUCGUCCUCUAUUUUGCUUAUUCGAAAUCCGAACUCCAUGAAGUGACAUGGUUUUCUUUAAAAAUCAGCAUCCUCACUGUCGUUGAAGGUGCAAUCUUAAUUAUCACUCCUUGUCUCGUCUGCAUCUGGCCACUCUUGAAACGCACGGUUCCUCGACAAUUCGUGGACAAGAUGUCCUGUUACCCAAGGUCCCGUCAGCAUCGACAGUGGUAUAUGACCUCGCAAAUGUCUGCUCACCAUCGUCGCGGGAGUACGAGUGUACGGGUACGGAGGGACGACCAUUCGGGGAGUUCGGCUUCGUUGGUCGAUUUGGAAGAGCAGCGUUGGUGGUUUUCUGAAGACGGGGAUACGACGCCGACGUGUGAGAGGGUGUUUGUGGAAAAGGAUUAG